UUCCAAUGACGUAGGUUGUGGAUGGUUGAUUACUAGAGGCGCGUGGCUUGGAGCGACAUCUGGUGUCUCCUUUAAAGGUGCAGCGUGUGUGGGAUAUUAGCAGAAAUUGAAUGAAGUAUUCAUUAAUAUGUUGUUUUAGUGUAUAAUCACCUGUAGCUACAAAUAGUUGUGGUUUCGUUAGCUUAAAACGAGCCCUUAUCUACAUAGCUGCAACACAACAUUUAAAAACAAAUAGUCUCCUUAAAGCGUGCUAUGUGUGCUGAAUCUGUAUCAGAAUUUCAUUACAUGAAUUGUAGGUUACAAAUCCUUCAAACAUUAGCUUCUGACUGGCUUACGUUACCUGUCGCUCAUUCAGACCGAUUAGCCUAGAUUCACAGACCGUGGACAUGGGGAUGAGACGAGUUAAACUAGGCUACUCUCAGAAUGUAAUAGCCUAAAAUGACCUAAAUAGACAAUGGCUUAAUUUAAGAUAGUGUAAUGGAUUUCAGGUAGACUAUUUAUUACCUAACAAAUAACGUAGGCUAAAUAGUAAGGGCUACUGAAAAAUGAAAUGAAAUUACAACAUUUGAGAGCUUUUCGUGGGCUGGGGCCAAUAGUUUUACUCUGGAAAUGGAAAGAGAGAAAAUAAAAAUAAAUAAAACAGUAGGCUGUUUUAUUGGAUAUGCAAACAAUAAAAGAUUGACCUAUGACGCGACGCCGAUUUUAAGUCGCCCACUCUGGUGCAAGAAGAAGACUCUCCUCAAUCAGGUCGCAGGAGAGCGUCGCUGAAAACAUCGGUGCGAGACGCUCGCUGAGGGGUAGACUACUAGAAAGCGGUCGAGCUCACACAGAGAGAGACAAGCAGAUGUGCUCAAUCUAGACAGAUGGACAGAAGAUAAAUCAAUUUGGGAAGAAUUACUGUAGGCUGAGUCACUUUUCUGCUUAUUGUUCUCUGCGUUGGAAUGAAUUAGUCUAGGGUACACCUCAAAGUGUGUCUAUGGACAACACAGAGAGUUAUAUUCCAGGAUGACAGGCUGGGACAAUCUGGAGGUUAUCAUUGAGGAGUUCAGCAAUCUUAUGGUAGCACUAAGCCACAGGCUAUUCUCGUCCAGUCAUGAAAACAGUUGGAAAUGAGAGUUACGUUGAUGCUAAAGGUCCUGAAACGGACAGCUCCGGAGUGCGCGCAGCGCUCACCGGCUGCAUCCUCCUUAUCUUGAUAGUUUCAACAUUGCUGGGGAACACGCUUGUGUGUGUUGCAGUAAUUAAAUUCCGACACCUGCGGUCCAAAGUCACCAACUUCUUCGUCAUAUCCCUUGCUGUGUCCGACCUCUUUGUCGCCGUCCUCGUGAUGCCGUGGAAAGCCAUGUCUGAGGUGGCAGGUUGUUGGCUAUUCGGCGACUUUUGCGAAACUUGGAUCGCCUUCGACAUCAUGUGCUCAACGGCUUCUAUUCUCAACCUCUGUAUAAUAAGUGUGGAUAGGUACUGGGCUAUCUCAAGCCCCUUUCGGUAUGAACGUAAAAUGACUCAACGCGUUGCUUUUACCAUGAUCAGUGUGGCGUGGACUUUAUCCAUCCUCAUCUCCUUCAUCCCGGUCCAGCUGAGCUGGCACAAAGUCGACGACGAGUACGCAGUCGAGAUCAACGAGUGCAACGCCACUUUGAACAAGACCUACGCUAUAGCUUCGUCGCUGAUAAGUUUUUAUAUCCCCGUUGUGAUCAUGAUUGGCACAUACACCCGAAUUUUUCGAAUUGCGCAAAUCCAAAUCAGGAGGAUAUCGUCGUUGGAGAGAGCUGUUGAGCACGCCCAAAAUCACCCCCAAAUCCCAGACUGCGCAAACGAAAACUCCCUGAAAACCACGUUUAAGAAGGAGACCAAGGUUUUAAAAACCCUCUCCAUAAUCAUGGGUGUAUUUGUAUUUUGCUGGUUGCCUUUCUUCGUACUCAAUUGCAUAGUUCCAUUUUGUGAUAUGAGUGACCAGUCGGAGUCGCCGUGCGUAAGUGACACCACUUUCAACAUUUUCGUCUGGUUCGGAUGGGCUAAUUCCUCUCUGAAUCCCGUCAUAUACGCCUUCAAUGCAGAUUUCAGGAGGGCCUUUUCGAGUAUACUUGGAUGCAACAGGUUAUGCCCCACAUCAGCAGUCGAGGCUGUGAAUUUUAGCAACGAGUUGGCUUCUUACCACCAUGACACCACUCUCCAGAAAGACGCACCGAUAGUGUCCAACAUUCAACGUUUAGCUAUUGUCCCAAUCCACGGAGAAAACGUGGACCAACCGUUUGACAAAGUCUCUGUUCUGUCAAAUAAUUCGUGUAAUACCAGAAAUCUUUUGUUACCGGCAAUCAUGCAAAUUGAGUGUGAAGCUGAAAUCUCUUUGGAUAUGAUGCCUUUCAAUUCGACUGGACUAAACGAAUGCUAUGUUAUGCCUGGACAAGUAGAAGAGUAAAGUAAUUUGCCUCUACUUCCUAUAUCUUUGAUGCUCAAACACUUAAAUGACACUUUUUUCGUAUUUAAGAGCUGACGUUAAAUGACAUGGACAAUAAUCAUUACUGCUGUUGUUUAAAUGAAAUGAGAUGCAUUACCUAUCAGGAUCACUUGUAGAGAAGGGAAUGUAAUCUUUCUAGUAGAUGGUGAGAAGGCAUAUGUAUUUUGUCCCCACAAUUCAAUAAAUCUUUUGAAUGCCUGUUGUACUUUCAUUUUUG